ACUUGCUCCUUUUUUCCUGCGGUCACAUCUUGUUGCCAGAACUUCAUUGAGGCGGUGACGCUGGAUUUCCCCGUUAGUCAUUCACCGCUCUGCGUCUUUUUCUUUUCGUUUAAUUGCGUUUAUUUUGCAGAACAUCUCGCCGAAGCGCAGGUUGCGGAGUUGCCGCAUUUUCUACCCCCUUUUGGUCGCAGCCCAUUUUGGAGUCGCUUUCUUGGUGUUUUGUUGCGGACGGUCAAGGAGCACUGAUCCAUCAGCCCGACGUUAAACCCUCUCGGCUUUAAGGAUAAGAUUCUUAUUUAGAAACGCUUAGCUAUAUAAUCAGGUGAAUACUGGCGUUUUGUGCGCACGUCCUUCGGGUACGUUUACCAACCAUUUAUCAUCCAGUCAUUAUAUUCUGUUGUAGCAAGAAAAUUCCCGUCCGUGUUCAUGCCAGAUCUGCAGCGCUUUAGUUUUCCAUACCAUAGCAUGAAUCCUUUGUUGGGGGCCAAUACGCAUCUCCAACAGCAUCCCCAGCAGAGCCAAGCACCCGGACACCCAGACUCUCCCUCCGGCCUCCUCCCCGACGUCGUUUUCGGUGUACCGGACCCGACUUCUUUUCUGCUGGGUGAGCAACCCAGCCCGGGGCCUGAUCAGCCAGGGCCUGACUUCACUGCACUCUCACAGACCUCACCUUACCUCCACCACAACCACAGCAGCCACUACCAGCACCGCGCUGUGCCGCAUCCACCCGCAGCCAUGGCUCUCAGAAACGACUUGGGAUCCAACAUCAGCGUCCUCAAAACUCUCAAUCUGAGGUUUAGAUGCUUUUUAGCGAAAGUGCAUGAAUUAGAGCGCAGAAAUAAGAUCUUAGAAAAGCAGCUGCAACAGGCUCUGGAUGCCAACAAGGGCUGUCAAGGUGGAUGCUGUGAAAGCAUGGGGCAUACCCAGGAGGCAGGGGUGCAGACCGGAUUUGUGGGGACCAUACCGCUCAGACCCGGCUCCCUCCCCUUCCACAACACCAACAACUCAGCCCGGAGGCCUACAACACUGUUCACGGCACCAUUCACAACAACCGUCGCACCUGCAACCGCUGACAACUCCAGUUCAACCCAAACAAAUACCAGUUGUAACCCAGCCAUCACCAUCAGCCAGUGCUCUCCCUGCGUAGACUCCCCCGGCUCUGGCUCUAAAACUCUCCCCUACACCAGCGCAGGCCAGGGGGGCUCCACCAACCCUCCUCCACGGUUCCUCCCGGGCACCAUCUGGUCCUACAACCACACCCGCAAGUAUGGCCCCGGUGCGGAGCGUCUGACCAGCCCAGGAGUGUCCUGGGUGCAUCCUGAUGGAGUUGGGGUCCAGAUUGACACCAUCACCCCUGAGAUAAGAGCCCUGUAUAAUGUCCUGGCCAAAGUCAAGAGGGAGAGAGACGAGUAUAAACGCAGAUGGGAAGAAGAAUACACCAUGAGGAUGGAUCUGCAACAGAAAAUGACAGACCUACAAGAGGACCUGCAGGAGAGCGAAGGCUGUCAAGACGAGCUGGCUCUCAGAGUUCAGCAACUGAAGGCAGAGCUGGUUCUCUUCAAAGGCCUCAUGAGCAAUAAUUUGUCAGAAUUGGACAGUAAGAUACAGGAGAAAGCCAUGAAGGUGGACAUGGACAUCUGCCGCAGGAUCGACAUCACCGCUCGUCUCUGUGACGUAGCUCAGCAGAGGAACUGUGAAGAUGUGAUCCAGAUGUACCAGGUUCCUAACAACCAAUCAUCCCUAAACUGCCGCCGGAAACAAACUCCCCUGUCCUUCAAUGGCAGCGAGUGUGAAGAACCUGUCAGCACCUCUGAAAGUGAUGGGGGCGUGGUCAAAGAUGAAGAGCAUUGUGGCUCAUCAGCCAAUCAGAUCAAUGAGGAGAUGCAGAGGAUGCUGAACCAACUGCGGGAAUGUGAGUUUGAGGAUGAUUGCGACAGCCUGGCCUGGGAGGAGACCGAGGAGACGCUGCUUCUUUGGGAGGACUUCCCAGGAUGCACUCUUCCUCCUGACCCUACCCACCCACCAGGAGAGCAGGAGGACUGUCUGGAAAAGGUGAUUAAUGACACUGAAUGCCUUUUCAAGUCCCGAGAGAAGGAAUACCAAGAGACAAUUGACCAGAUUGAGCUGGAACUGGCCACAGCAAAGAGUGACAUGAACAGACAUCUACACGAGUACAUGGAGAUGUGCUCGAUGAAGAGAGGCCUCGAUGUUCAGAUGGAGACCUGCAGGAGACUCAUCACGCAGACUGGAGACAGUAACUCUGCAGCACCUGCGUCCACUGAGGAGAGUGACCAGAGAGAGAGCGACAGGUCUUCAGCAUCUCCACCUUCUUCCUCGAGCGCUGGGAGAUCUUGACACUUCCUCACCUCAGCAGCGAUGGGGGCUGUGGUCAUUUGACCUCCACUGCAUACAGCUACAGUACCACACCAACGCAAUACACACCUGUAACUAUGGCAACACCAUGUUUACAUGUGAACCUCUUCAUUUACUGAGUCACACACUGUUUAUCCUUCCGGCUGUCCACGCAAAGCAGCUUUGGUCUGAGGAGACUUUGAGCACUGGAACUGUGAGUUGAGUAGCACAGCUGGACUUUUGUCAUUAUUACUCCAUGCAGAUGUCACUGCCCUGCAGAGGGGAGAGGUCUUCUUGUAGUUGGACCCUGUCAGCUUGUGUUUGACAGCAGUAGUUAAGAAAGUGAAUUGUAUAAUGGAUUGUCCUGUAAAGAGUCAGAAGGUUGCAUAUUCACAAUUUAUUGUAAGUAAAUGGCUGAUGUCCCUGUUGUGUGAUGAGGCAUUACAGUGCUGCAGGCUACAGGAAAACAUAGCAUGACUUAUUCACUCCACACAUAAUAAGAAAAACACGUUAUAACCUGGGCAUCUGAAGCUAAUCAAGGAAAUACCUAUUGUAUGGUCACUUAAAGUUCACUCCACACAAAUGGACAGACUGAUAAUUUACCUUCUACUAGUAAACAAACCACAACAAAAAACAGACAGCAGGAUAGUUUGAGUUGUGCCGGAGUUAAUUGAGUGUAUUUCGGAGUUUGGUAUUGAUAAUAAGGAGCUUGAGCCUUUAAAGUCUAAUAAGAUGUCAUAAUUCAGCAUUUUACUGCCUUACAGCUGCAGAUUCUGAUCUUGCUUUGUAUCUGUAUACUAACAGAUUUAACCACUGGCAAAGCAAACCUUAAGUCCUAAAUAAAUCAACACAUCUGUGCUUUAGCUAAAUAUAAAGUGGAAAAAUCAUUAAAAACAUUAGGCGUUUGUAUAAUGGAGCAGCAGAGUUAUUUCUAAUGGACCAGUAUAAAUGAGGUUCGAUUAUUUAUGUGCUGUCAAUGAAUUGGAUUCAAACUGGAUUUUAUGGGAGAAAUCCACCAGUUUAACAAUGUAGCCAUGUUAUCCAUUGCUCCACUUCUACACCAGUUCCUAAAUGUUGCAUUAAAUCUACAAAUAAAUGGCCAAAAUAGCUCAUCAUUCACAAUGUAUCCACUGCAGUUGCAAUACAUUUUAACAGUACAUAAAACAUUGGCUGUAAGCAUCAAUAAUGUAAUGUUCAACAAGACCAACAUGGUGACCCUCGUACACAGAGAAUAGGCACGUAGAAGAAGCAUUUUAAGGAAAGUAAGGAACAUCAACGAGGUUUCAACAUUUCAUAACAACAACAAAAAAAAAACCAUUCUGUUAAUGGUGCUUCGUAAGAAACUUAAAGGUGUGUGAGAGGUAGGCAUGUUUUAAAUGUAGCCAUAGUCUCCGUCCUGUGCAGGUAAGAUUUAGUCUGCACCCUCUUGAAGCUUAUGAAUGAAGAGUGUUGGCUCUUGAUUCUGCUCUUGGUGUCAUUGACACUCAGUACUGUAUGAAUGCUAUAUAAUGCUUAGUUUAGAGUCGGGUCCCGUUUGUUUUCGAGCUGCAUGGUUGAGCAGAAUCGCUGUAAGGAUACGAAAAGAAGAACAAAAGGAUAAGUUAGCCGCUGAGUGCCAAAAUAAAACGGUCAGAUUAUGAAUCAACAGGAAAUUGCUGGAAAUAAAAGAAUGACUAAAUAUAGCUGCCAAAGCUAUGUCACCAAGGUGCUUGAUGUAUAUAUAACUAGACCUAUUUUUGAGCCUGUAAACGUUUGCACAUAGAAAGGAAGAGCAAAGCAAAAAUGUAUAUGAAACAAUCAGCACUAUUACUUGUAAAACGUGACAAAAAAUGUUGACACGCUGGAAAUAGAAAACUAUAUUUCUUCUAUCCAUAUUUCUUCAUCUUUUACAUGUUGCAGGUGGGGUAGUAGAAUAAUAAAUUAACACGAACACAUACCUCAUUUUUACUUUAUUUAUGUUUUUAUGUCCACAUUUAGCCAUGAACUUUGACUCCGACACUCUUCUACAGUAAAACAUAUAUAGCAAACUGCUGGAAAUCGUCACUGUUAGGGGAGUGCCCCCUACCAUCACUGCUCUGUUAUCAGACACUGUUGUCUAAAUAUAGUCCUGGCUGUAGUUUUCCUCUCUGUGGUUGAACCAGGUAAGCUGUGUUUCUUCUGCUUCUACUGUGACUUGCACUUCAACUCAAACUUUGUUUGAGAAAUACAGACAGUAGGAGGACAUAAUUGAAGCUUAUAUAAACUCAUGCAUGUGUGGCUGUUGGAAUCAGCUGAAUGCUAAACACAGUAUUUCACUACUGUUUGAAUACAGAAGGAGGAUGUCAGAGAUGCACUGUGUGAGACAUAAAACAUACCAUUUCCCUUUGUAUAGGUUUACUUUGUCGCACUGAGUGAGUCUCUAUGUAUGCAUGUGCCAGUGUGUAUGUUUUUUGGGCGUUAUGUCUGUAUAGUGAGUGUUUUUAAAAAGACUUUUACUGGGGCAAAUGUACAACACGAAGAAGAAGGAAACAGUCCAAUUUGUUUACCUUUACAAGAGAAAUUUGAGAUGUCUUUUGACAAUAAUCACCUCAAAAAUUGUAGAUAUUUAAAUCAAAUGACAAUGGAGUUCUUUUUUCCAUUGGUACACUUUCUUUAUGAGUGUAUGGGGUUGCCAAAAAAAGUCAAUUUAAAAAUAACUCAAGUUUAAAAAAAAAAAGAAUACAACUACUGAAAUGCAAAUGCUUUAGUGAAAUGACUGUAUGAUGGCUUUGAUAAUAUAUGUGUAAAGGAAAUAUAGCUUUGAAUAUAUACUUGUGUUCAAGGACUGCAGAUGAAGAUUGUCCACAGUCACACACCGGAAAAUAAACUUCUAGAAGCUUUGAAUUAAGAUAUAAUAACCGGAUUGCUCUAUUUAGCUUUUCAAUGGAAACAAUGGUGGUUGAUGACAAAAACAUUUUUUUUUGUCAAUUCUGUCAUGUCUUUAUGAAGGAGAAAGCCUUGCCUCAAAAUAUGUUGAUUCAGUUUAUGUCUCAUAACUAUUUGAUGGUAAUCCUGAGUAUUGAUUGAGUAUUCCAGAUGUGUGUGUGACUAUGCAGCUUUAAAUAUCAAGAGUAUCAGUAGUAAUCUAGCUUCACUGCAGAGCUACAGUAUGUAAUGUGUCAAGAGAGACUGAAAGAAUAAAAGAUGCAAUUGAGCAACAAGA